AUGGCCCUCCAACUGUUGCGCAAAGGCAAACAACGGGAAUCAGUGGGGGAUCCUACAAAGUGUUUGGAUAGUGCCUUGGCAAGAUUCAAGGGAAUUUUGACUGCAGUUGAACAGCAACAGUUCACGGACAGUUCAGCAGCAGUGCCGGAUGCAGGGGGUGUCCUAUUCUUCGUUGCCCAGCUUGAUGCCGAAAAUGCCAGCAAAUCAAGAAGAAGCAUUGCACCUCGAUUAUGCACUUUUUUGAGUGCUACGCAGCAAUUUUCAGGCGCCAUCGGGACGUUUGUGAGCUCAAAUCCAGCGAUCGCGGCUCUGGUAUGGGGUGGGAUAACGACUGCUAUAACUGUGGCGAGCAAUGUGGCUUCUUAUUUUGACAAGGUCACCAAUAUGAUCAAGGAUAUUGGACUCUUCUGCCCGACCUUCCACCAAUUUGGUCAGCUGUACCAUGGUCACGUCGGCCUUCAAAACGCGCUCUGUCAAUACUACGCUGUGAUAGUUGACACAUGCACUAGGAUCAUCGAAGUUUCUCGCCGACCAGCAAGCAUUCAAACUUUUUGCUUGAUCUGGAAUCCCUUCGAGUCGGAGUUCAAACCAUUCUUGGACCGCCUAAUGGCAGCCAAGCAGCAUAUAGAUCUCCAGGUUUCCCUUGCAUCGAAACAAGCCGAUCAAGAGGCGAAGAAUCUGUUGGAGCAUGAGAGCAAAGAGAACUCUUUGUUCCGACCGUCUGCAUUGAACCUCCUGAAGAAAUCUACGCACCAACAGGACGAAGCGAGACAAUGGCAGAUCAAUCGGGCGAAGAGGGAGAUAGCGUCCUUGAAAAUCAAAAUACAACGAGAUCUUUGUCCUGUUGACCAUAUGCAACCAUGGAAACGAACACUGAAGCAGCGAGUCCAUUCGACAGCUGAAUGGUUAAUCCACCAGCCGGCAUUUAUUGAAUGGCGUGAUAGUCCUCGCAGUACAAUCAUGUGGUGCUCCGGCACGAUGGGCAUGGGGAAGACUGUUCUGAUGUCCAACGUGGUAUCUCAUCUCCACUCGUUCUGUCGCCAAACAAAUUCCGUCGCCCAUUUCUUUUGUAUGGCAGAGAAUAAGGAAUCGCUGUCCGCAAGGAAUAUCAUUGGUAGCAUCGCCCGCCAGCUCCUUGAUUCUUUGAUCCAGACCAGCAGCCAUGAUCACCUACUCUCUAUCCAAAGCGAAGUUCAAAGCCUUGACACAGAUGAGACUGUUGAAUUUUUGCUAUCAAAGUUGAAGAUUAACCAUUCAUACUAUAUCAUCCUAGACGGCCUAGAUGAGUGCGAACAAGCUCAGAUUCGAGGCAUUGCUAAAGCUUUGGAAGCGAUCUUCCAAUCCAAGACUUUAAAGCUUAAGAUUAUAUGUGCAGGUCGGCCUGACUUGGACAGGGAUUUGUUCAAAGCGAUUCGACCAGAGUUCCGCAUUGUGAUCGACGAAGAGAAGCUCAGCAUUGAUAUGGAUCGAUUUAUAACUGCCACUCUGGACGAGUGUUUACAAGAGGAAUUACUUGUCAUCCAAGAUCCCAACAUAGUUCUAACGAUAGCGGAUGCCUUGCGGAAAGGCGCCCGGGGAAUGUUUCUCUGGGCUGGUCUAUGUAUCAAAGACUUGUGCGAGAAAAAUAGUGACCAGGAAAUCCUUGACGCCUUACAUCAUCUGCCGCGUGAUUUAGCCGAUCUUUUUGAUUCCAAAAUUCGCCGCAUUCAACACGAAAGAAACUCCCAGCAGACGAUGGACCUACUUCGAUACUGCGGUGUUGUGAAACGCCCCUUGACAAUCGAAGAGUGUAGAGAGGCUUUGAGUGUUUCGCUCGAAGACAAAUAUCUUGAUACGAGAAAACUCCCUAACGACAUGAACCGCGUUGUGCGCGGAUGUUUUGGCUUGACAUUUAUCGAUGACGAGGAAUAUACCAUUCACUAUAUUCAUCAAAGCGUCAAAGACCAUCUUUUCAAUGGCGAGAAUGAGCGGAAUCCCAGGUUUGAUGUUGAAAGCAUCAACAAACAGCUUGGCGCUUUGUGCAUGACGUACUUGAAUUUCUCGAACUUCAAUCGCAAGCUCACUAAAGUAGAGAAGCGUGUACUCAUUGAUCCUCUCUCUCUUGCUACAUCUUCCAUAAAUCCACAGGUUUCCCGGGUCAACAAAAUUGCGCUGAAGUUGUUGUCUUCCCGAAAAGACAACCCCACCACUUUCGAAUUUCAGCAUGUCAAACAGACCGCAUUGGAAGUACUCGAAGAUUUAGAAUCUCGACGCAAUACCGCCGGAGUGAUGACAAACGCUGCAUUUUUGGUUUAUGCACAAGAGAAUUGGGCAUUCCAUUUGACUGGCUUGCAACCGGACGAAGUGAAAAUAUGGUCACUUUUUUGCAAGUGCAUUGAAGACAGAUCACUGCCUUUGGAACGACAUUGGGAGAAUCAUGACGCAGUAACGAGCUUUGACACUGCACAGAUAGUGGAUAUUCUUCCUUUUGUUGAUAGACUCUCUGCAGCUUUGGGGUACGAACAAUCCGAGUUAGCUUGGACGCUGCAGCACAACCACUUUGCAUUGUUCCUAUACUUCAAUGAUCAUUCAAAGGGCCCAUUGCACUUACAAGGAAUAAGUUCAUUUCCAGUCUUCAAAAAUGGUACCAGCCAUCGUUGGCUCGAAGCACUAAUCCAUGUCCCACAAUCCACACACGCCUGGCGCAUGGCAUUGGUGAAUGUGGCAUCGGAUGAGGGGCUACGUGAAGCCGAACUGCGAGGGAUUUUUGUCGCGCUGCUUGAGAAAAUGGCAAAAGUCGAUUCGAUAGCAGCGAGCAAUGCCCUUGGGUUUUUGCUGCGCUACGCGUUUGAAUUUCAAAGUCUUUUCAUCACGUUGCUAUCAGUCGAUAAAGUCUUGAAUCCGGAAAACAGGAUUACUGACAAAACUUACAAUUCCGACUUUCAUUAUUCGCAUAACGGUCAAAUCAACCCAUGGCAGAUAAACCCACUGCUUAUCAUAGCCGUCACACAAGGCAAACAGUGGAUGGUAGAUGCCAUUCUGGAUUCGGGCGCAGAUCCUAAUGUUUGUGCUCAGGAAUCCAGCAACACCGCUCUUCAUCUGGCUGUUUGGGAAAAUUCAGGAGACUUCCUCAAAAGCCUUCUCAGAGCCGGUGCGGACGUCCGUCUCCUAGACCAGGAUGGAAAGACAGCUUUUGAUUUGGCUGUAUCUGUUGAUUCAUCAUGGAAUGGAGCAAUGAAAGACUUUGUUGCGGCUGGAGUAAAUAUCGAUUUGAAAGAUAGUCUUGGCAAAACCGCCCUUCACAGGGCUGCAGAGGAAGGACGACUCGAAAUGCUUAACUCGCUUGUCUCUGCUGGUGCAAACAUUCAUUUGAGAAAUGGGGACGGCAAGACGGCCUUUCACGUGGCUAUAGAAGACGACCAACUCGAGAAGGUCAGGUUCCUUGUCUCUAUCGGUGCUAAUGUGAAUACUUGUAACGGGGAUGGCAGAACUCCCCUUGGCAUGGCUGUCGAAAACGGGAAACUAGACAUGUUCAGAUUACUGGUCUCUGUUGGUGCGGAUGUCGACUUGAAGGACUUCUUUGGCGAAACUGCCCUUCACAUGGCUACAAAAGAUGAUGGGAAAUUUGACUUCGUCAAGGAUCUUGUCUCUGCCGGCGCAGAUAUCAACAUGAGGGACUUUCUAGGCUAUACUGCUCUUCACGAAGCUGUCAAGUCACAAAAGAGUGGAUUGGACAUGUUGAAAUAUCUUGUGAGCGCCGGCGCCGAUGUUAAUCUCGCAGCCGAUGAUGGACACACAGCCCUCACCCUAUCUCUGAUGCGGUGGAGAUCUGCCGGGUUUGAUCUAAAAACCAACCUGACAGCAAUUGAAUACAUCGCAGCUGCAGUCCCUGCUGGCCAAAUUUAUCCACGGGGAUUCCAAUCAUUUAUAAGUGACUGUCUUCCCCAACUUGCUCGAUUUAAGGCGCUGGCUGUCGUGAAGCUGUUAGUCGGCAGUGGCGCUGAUAUAGACUCUCGGGGGUUUCACGACUCACAAACUGCUCUUCAUUGGGCAAGCGCGCUGAAUCACUGUCCUAUGGUGUCAUUUCUCCUUGAAAGUGGAGUCGACCCGAACAAAUCUGACAACCGUGGUCAAACAGCAUUGCAUUACGCUGCGGAGGGAGGAUUUGAGGAGGCGGUGGCCUGUCUGCUCAGGGUAGCAGAUGCUUCUAUCAUCGAUUUUCAGGGACGAACGGCGCUGAUGUGUGCAAGAAACGGUCCCCAUUAUCCCAUUGUGAAGAUGCUGCUGCCAUUUGCUGGUCCCCGUGAUGAUUGUCUAGAUGAUCAUUCAAAGACGUUGCAAUAUUGGGCUAAUUUGGUAAAUAUUGAAGGACGUAUUGAAGAAGUCUUUGACUAG